AUGGGGGUGACUUGUUUGCAGGCGAGCAGGACAACAGCUGGGGUGAGAAGCAGGGUCAAGGUUGGGGUGAGCAGGAGGUCAAAGCAUACAGCCGCCUUUGAACAGUUCAAAUCCUGGCUCCAAGAACAAGACAAGCAGGACGACACCAAGGAGGAAUUCAGAGACUACAUGAGGAGGAACGUGCUCAAAUUCAAAGAAUACAUCAAGGCCAAGGAGAUGAGGGAAACUGAAGAGAGGGAGGCCAAGAUGGCCAUGUACAAACAGCUGGAGCGGGCCAACAUGAUGAAGAUGUUGAAAGACAAACUGGUCACCGUCACUCACGAGUUCUUGGAUCAGAAGCUCGAGUUCAUGCACUCCAUCCUCGGUCACUUUCUGGACUUCUGCAAGUUUGACUUCUCAAUGGACAUGCUCAAAAGGGUGUAUGUUGGAAGCUACGGCAACCCGGACGUCAAAGAAGACACGACCCAGUACGCCUCAUUUGAGUAUCUGAACUUCAUGGGAAACUACUCAGAUAUCUUCACGACCCUGAACUCUAGUUUCCCGAUCAACCGCACAGAGACCUUGCGUGAGGAGGUGCAAUGGUUCGCUGAACUGGAUCAAGGUGAGCAGUUCAAGUUUGUCCUAGAUGAGUACAUCAACAUCUUGUGCGCCUCAGCCAAAUUCGUGACCGGUGUCCUGUAUGAAGCUGAACCAGAGCUCGUGAGCUACAGGAGGAGUCAACAGAAGUAGUCUGGGGUCAUUCGGUGCAUCUGGCCGGUAGUAGGAAGCACAAAAAAACUUUUUGGAUAUUUUUUUAGGCUGACAGAAAAAUGAUGAAAGUUUAUUGCCAUUGAAAUCUUCAUGAUUUAUUUUUAUUAAUUUUGUACAUGUUCUUUUAUCAACAUCGAAUAAAAUGAAAAGUAUUAAACUGAUGGUCUUUCUA